AAUCAUGUCAGGAACCUCCCAUUAAAAUUCCUUACACUAGUUUUGGAACACCCUGUAUAACACUGGAUAGCGCAUAGGCUCGCUCGGUUGACCCCUUUUGAGUGAAAUGUCUGCCAUGUUGCUUGUGGCCUGUUUUCCAAUCCAAUAUGACGAUUACGGUGAUCGACGAUGAACGACAGAGACACAAUGGUGCUAAUGUGUAAAUAUUGCGGUAAGAAGGGCGGAAUAGAAGGCAGAACUUUGCAUAAAUUUCCUUUGAAAGAUGCAGAGCUUCUUAAAGUCUGGCUGCAAAAAAUGAAUUUAGGAACUUCUUUUGUUCCAACAAGCAGUACCAGAAUUUGCUCGGAGCAUUUUACGAAGGAAUGUUUCGACAAGAAAGAUACAAGGACAUUUCUGCGUGUUGGUAGCAUUCCUACCUUGUUUCGGGAAUACCGAACAACAUGCGCGUAUUGUAAUGCCAUCCAAGAUGAUGAUAAGAAUGUUUCAUUUCGAAAGUUUCCAUUAAACAAUCCCGAGCUUGUUGAAAAGUGGAUAAGUGUUUUGAAAUUGGGAAAUUAUAUUCCGCACAGCAGAAGCAUAAUUUGCACGAAACAUUUUUCGAAAGAUUGUUUCUACACUGCACGUACGGGGUAUCUACGAUUAAAAGAAAAUGCAGUACCGUCCAUAUUGGAAACAACCGAGGAUACGCAGGCACAUAAUUCAGAGGACCAGGCUGCUACUGCAGAAGAAAGUACGGCGAAUUGUACAAGCAUGCUGUCAGAAAUCGACAUAGAAAUGUACAACGACGAAAAUUGUAUAAGUGAUAAUUCGAUAACAGAAAUUGUUAUGCAGGAACAUGAUUCAGAGGAACGUCCUUCAACUUCUUUAAGCCAGUGCAAUGUAACGCCGAGAAGUUUAAAGCGGAAAAGGAAUUGUAAACAUGACCAUUCCUAUGAUUUAUCCCCAAGUAGCAUGAGGCGCAAGAUCUCUCACCUAAGUGCUACAGUUAAAAGGCUACGAGCGGAAUCUAAGGUGCACAAUAGGCGUAUUAAACGGUUAAAAAACAAGAUCACUAGCCUGAACGAUUUAGUAAGUGAACUGCGUAGAACUAAGGCAAUACCAGAGGUUGGCCUUAGAGUUUAGACGCUAUUUCUCAGUGUGAUGUU